CCCAAGCAAGCGCCCCAGUUCGGGGAGUGAAAGCGCAACGCAGCGCCGCCCCUUCGCCCGACUCGCCUCGGGCUAUCUCAGCGCACCAGCUGCAGCUCCAGCCUCUUUCCCUUCCGCGAGGGUCUGAAGUCAGGGCAGGGAUCUGACUGCUGCUGCUGCUGCUGCUGCUCCUGUUGCUGUGCAUCUGCAGUGCGAAGGGGAACCGCAUGGCUACCGCCACCGCCUCGCUGAGAAGAGUCGCUCGGGAGCUUUUGACCACCCUGGGGGUGAGUCGAAGCAGCCACCGGGGCGUGCAGCGACUCAGUGCUCUACCACUUGAUAUUCCCCCUGCCACACCUAUAACAAAAAAAAGCUAUCUGAAUGGGCCUUCAGACAUCCCACUUAUUUCCAAAACUGUGGAUCAGUGCCUAGAGGAAACCACCCACCGGUAUCCAGAAAGAGAAGCCUUGGUAUUCUUAACUGAAGGGAUCCGAAAAACUUUUUCUCAAUUUAAGCAUGAUGUGGAGCAAGCUGCCAUCGGGCUUCUGGCCCUUGGUUUGAAAAGGGGUGACCGGUUAGGAAUGUGGGGUCCUAACAAGUAUGAAUGGGUCCUCAUGCAAUUCGCUACUGCUCAGGCAGGGAUCAUUCUGGUAUCUGUGAACCCAGCAUAUCAAUCCCACGAGCUGGAGUUUGUCCUGAGGAAGGUUGGUUGCAAAGCACUUGUGUUCCCUACCCAAUUUAAAACUCAGAAAUACUAUGAGAUCUUGAAAAAUGUAUGCCCAGAAUUGGAACAUACUAAUCCAGGAGCACUGAAGAACAAGAAAUUACCAGAGCUUUCUGUUAUAAUCUGUGUGGAUGCCAAGCUACCUGGCACAUUCUCAAUUCAGGAAGUGAUGCAAGCUGGAGAGAGUAGCCACAAGAAGGAGCUAGAGGGGAUACGGAAGAUGCUGAUCAACAAAGAACCAAUUAAUAUUCAGUUUACUUCAGGAACGACAGGAAGUCCCAAAGGAGCAACACUUUCUCACUCUAAUAUUUUGAAUAAUGCAAAUUUUAUUGGUAUAAGACUGGGACUAAAUGAGAUGGAAGCUCGUUGCUGUAUCCCUGUCCCUCUCUACCACUGCCUAGGAUCUGUGGGAGGCUGUAUGGUGAUGGCUGUUCAUGGCGUCCCCCUUAUUUUCCCAUGUCUCAGCUUUAAUGCCAAAGCCACUCUGAACGCUAUAGAAAAAGAAAAAUGCACCCAUGUGCACGGCACUCCAACAAUGUUCAUAGAUAUGUUAGGCCAGCCUGACUUUGACAGCUAUGAUCUCUCAAGUCUUCAAGGAGGGGCUAUUGGAGGUUCACCUGUGCCUCCUGAAGUCAUGAAGAAGAUUAUCAAAAAAAUGAAUAUACAGGAUAUAGUAGCUAUAUAUGGAACAACGGAGAAUAGCCCAGUCACUUUCAUGGGCUUCCCUCAAGACAACAUUGCACAGAAAACAGAGACUGUAGGAUAUAUUUUCCCACACACAGAGGCAAAAAUUGAGCAUCCUAACACAGGGGAAAUCCUCCCAUUAAAUAGCGCAGGAGAACUUCAGAUUCGAGGCUACUGUGUCAUGCUGGGAUAUUGGGCAGAUCCCAACAAAACCAAGGAAGUGUUGAAUGAUGAGCAAUGGUACAAGACUGGGGACAUUGCUAUCCUCGAUGAGUAUGGCUACUGCAAGAUUGUAGGUCGCUGCAAAGACAUGAUCAUUCGAGGAGGGGAGAACAUAUAUCCAGUAGAGCUUGAACAAUUUCUACACACGCAUCCUAAAAUUCAAGAGGUUCAGGUAGUCGGUGUAAAAGAUGAGCGAUUUGGAGAAGAAAUCUGUGCUUCCAUCAGAAUAAAAGCUGGAGAGAAAUGCACAGCAGAUGAAAUCAAGGCAUUUUGCAAAGGAAAGAUUGCUCAUUUCAAGAUUCCUCGAUACGUGGUGUUUGUGGAGGAUUACCCACUCACUGUCUCAGGCAAGAUUCAAAAAUACAAACUGAGACAGCGGAUGGAGGAACAUCUUCAACUUGCAUAGAAGGCAGGCAGCGUAAGAGAUCUCCCAAAAAACAUGCUGUCUGCCGCCUUCUUUUAGUUCCAAACAUUUAAGAAGCUGGAAAGGAUCACUGGCCUGCCUUAAGAAGCAUCAAGUUCUACUGAUGACCAGAUCAAGCUUGCUUAAAAUAGUAUGCUUUUUUAAAAGUAAAAAUUUAGAAAAAUUAAAAUGCAGUAUUUCUUUAGUAGAGAUAGCUUUGUGUAAUGAACUCUUUUGGCAAGAUCAUAAGAAAGGAUGAGUUCCUCUAACUAAUAGUGAUCAUGAGAAUCUGUCCAUAUGAUAAAACUCCACCAAAUCACAGAGACCUCCAUCCUGUUCAUUCCUCACUUUGGGAGCAAUGAUUAUCAACCAUCAUGUUACAUAAUAAAAUGGGCAAGAGCUAAAAUGAAAAUGUAAUGAAUUAUACAUUUAUAAAUCUGUUCCUAACAACUUGUACAAAUGAAAUUUAAACUAUAGAUCUUCCCAGUUACAGAUGCAGCCAAGAGUCUUUCCUCUGACAAAAUGCCAGGCUCAGGAGGCAGAAAUUGAACUGUUUCAUCCCUUAAUGCUAAUUAGAGGAAGUAUUUUCUGUUCCCAGUUCAUAUUAGAGCAAUAAAAUGCAAAGCAAAAUGUUUUCAGACUAGAUUUCUCAAUUUUUUAUUUCUCAAUUAAAAAACAGAUAUUACAGAAAUGUCAAACUUUCCAAUGAUAUCAGAAAUAAAAGUGUACCUGAAUUGGCAAGCAUUUUUUACGAGAGGAUCAGGCACCUCCCAACCAUGACACACUGAACUGCAGAGAUUGAUAAGAAUUUUCAUUUU